UCUCAAGUCUGGAAGCUGGUGAGCCGCCAUAUUGUGGGGGUCAGAGCUCCGGCGGAGACGAUGAGGAGGGUGAAUUCUACACUCGCAAACCUUGCAAAGAGGUUUUAUUCGCUCAAAGUUGCACCUAAGUAUGAGUUUGCAGCAUCUGCAGAGAAACAACACCUUCCGGCACAGGAACUACAGGUGUCUAAAUUGCCAAAUGGAUUAGUAAUUGCUUCUCUGGAGAAUUACUCACCAACCUCAAAGAUUGGAGUCUUUAUAAAAGCAGGAAGCAGGUAUGAGAGUGCCAGUAACUUGGGCAUCACUCAUACCCUUCGUCUGGCAGCAAACCUGACAACAAAGGGAGCCUCAUCAUUCAGAAUAACCCGUGGCAUAGAAGCUGUUGGAGGCAGUCUGAGUGUGACAUCUACAAGGGAAAACAUGAUCUAUGCAGUGGAAUGUAUGCGUGACUAUGUUGACACUGUAAUGGAGUAUCUGAUCAAUGUUACUGCUGCCCAGGAGUUCAGGACAUGGGAACUAUCAGAACUCCCUCCAAGACUGGAACUUGAUAGAGUGCUCGCGUUUCAGAAUCCACAAAUAGGUGUUCUAGAGAAUCUGCAUUCAGCUGCUUACCGUAAUGCCUUGAGCAACCCUCUGUACUGUCCUGGAUUUAUGGUUGGUCAGCAUACAGCAGACCAGCUGCUCGAAUUUGUACAAAACAAUUUUACAAGUGGAAGGAUGGCUCUCGUAGGGGUGGGUGUGAACCAUACUGUGUUGAAGCAAGUGGGUGAACACUACCUGAACAUGAGGAGUGGUACUGGUGCAGCUGGUGUGGCGGCUAAGUUCCGUGGAGGUGAGAUCCGUACUCAAAAUAAUGACCACCUGGUUCAUGCUGCUGUGGUAGCCGAGAGUGCAGCCUCUGGUACGCCUGAGGCCUGUGCGUUCAGUGUUCUGCAGAAUGUUCUUGCUGCUGGUCCAUACAUCAAAAGGGGCAGCAAUGUGUCCAGCAAAUUGCAUCAGGCAGUGAUGAAGAAAAAUGCAGAUCUAUUUGAUGUUUCAGCAUUCCGUGCAAGUUACUCUGAUUCUGGACUGUUUGGUUUUUACACCAUCUCACAGGUGGAUUCAGCAAGUGAUGUAAUCAAGGCUGCAAUGUCUGAAGUUAAGAAUGUUGCUCAAGGCAAUGUCUCUGAGACUGAUAUCGCAAGGGCCAAAAAACAACUAAAAGCCAAGUGCUUGAUGACUGUUGAAACAUCUGAUGGACUGCUGGAUGAGAUUGGCUCUCAAGUAUUGCUAACUGGUGCUUAUGUGCCCACACCUGACCUGGUUCAGCAAGUUGACUCGGUGUCUGUUAAUGAUGUAGUGAAUGCUGCAAAGAAGUUUGUUUCUGGUAAGAAGUCUAUGGCGGCCAGUGGCAAUUUGUCUAACACACCUUUUCUUGAUGAACUGUAAAUUUAGUCUUUAAAUGACCCAAACGUGAGACCUGUAUUGACAUUGUUACUAUUAAUAAAAUAUAUCAUGGCCCUUGGGAACAA